GCCUCGCGGCGGUGCGAAGAGAAUUGCGAGAGAAAUUAAUAUCUGAAAACUCGAGGUGGAGCGAGGGAGGUUAUGGCCGCUCGUAGCCUCGCACAGGGUGAUUUUGGGGUAUGGCCGCGCCCGUGGAACACCAAAGCGCUGUGAUUGGCUGCCGCUCGACUGCUCUGCGUACCUCAAGUGGUGACGCAAAGAGCUGCGUUGUAUGUGACUGUGUCAAGAUACGUCGUGCGCUCCCGUGUGACUAGUGUCGCUCGUUUAUGGUUCACGACCGACCAGCACGCUUGCAUCACACUCUGGCUUAUGAAAGUGGGUGACCGUUCAAGUGGUCAGGUGUCGCUGUCCCGCUGUUGUCUGCUGAGUUAAAGUGACAUGGGGAGGCGACGGGGCGUCCGGCGCUGUCUCACCAAGGCCCCAAAGGGCACAAGGUGGUAUGGUGCAAAAAAAAAGGGACGACAGCAAAAAGGGGUGACGCCUGAUUCCCCCAUACGUGAACAAGAAGAAGAUGGGUUCAGAGGAUUUGAAACUAGUGGCCCAAUGCAGGGAGACCGCCCAUUACUUAACUGCAUCUCUCUGUUUGACGGCAUCUCAGCAGCGUACGUUGCCUUGACAGCCCUUGGCAUAAGGGUGGGACAAUACUUCACUUCUGAAAUAUGCGAGCCGUGCAGACGUGUACAAGAACGGCAUGUACCCUUCGGCGUGCAAUUGGGCUGCAUUGAGCAACUUACAGAAGAUGUAUUGGACAGCAUACAAGUUCCAAUACACCUAUGUAUUGGAGGCUCCCCCUGUGCUUCCUUGUCCCGCGUUAAUCCUGCCCGGCAGGGCUUGCACUCUGGCACAGGAAAGUUAUUUUUUGACUUUAUAAGGGUGAAAAAUUAUCUGCUCCGAAGGGCAGAAAGGGAGGGUUACCCCUUUUACUGGUGUUUCGAAAAUACAAAGCACCUCGAUGCAGCAGUUCUCUCUGAAAUGAACCGCCACCUUAGGGAGUCGCCGGUCGCUGUGUGCAGCUCAGAAUUUUCGGCAAUGAAACGCCCACGGUAUUUCUGGGGCAAUCUUAAAAGUCUGUCUACCCCUAGAGUCCCAGGCAAGUGCUGCCUCGUUCUAGAUGAUUUCCUUGACCAUGGGAGAACAGCACUUGUCAAGACACUUGGCACUCUCACCACUAAUCAGGAAUCACAGAGAGGCCCUGGCGGACAGCUACCCGUUUCGGAGCGCGGUGUGCCUUCCUACCUCAGCAUUACGGAAAUUGAGCGCUUAUUUGGAUUUCCAGCUCAUUAUACUGAUACUGGCUUAACCAGCAACUCCACUCGCCGUGCGAUAUUGGGUAGAUCCUUCUGCGUACCAGUAGUAAAAGUUCUCUUGGAAGAGCUGCGAUUGGUGUUCCAGAUCAAUGAAUAAAUCGGCCUUUCGCUAAAUGUA